CCGGGUAAACCAUGGUACUAUUCCUCAUAAUCGCUGCCAUCAUCAUUGGCCUUCUUCUCUGGAAAUGGCUAGAUGUCCGGAGCACCGAUGAGCUCACGAGCAUGGUGAAGCUUCUUGGCAGCGGAAACGGGCAACAUGUGUUGUCAAAUGCGUUCCAGGUGGACGAAAAGUCGAAACGCCACGGAGGGGAGCUCGUGGCUUCUGUGCUCAAGGCUCACGAUGUCGAAGAAAUCUUUGUGCUCUGUGGAGGUCACAUUUCGCCGAUUCUUGUCGCCGCCGAGAAGCUCGGAAUCAAGAUUGUCGAUACUAGACAUGAGGUCACCGCAGUCUUUGCCGCCGACGCAGUCGCUCGUCUUCGUCAAUCAAUUGGAGUGGCCGCAGUCACCGCUGGACCGGGACUCACCAACACCAUCACAGCCGUCAAGAAUGCCCAAAUGGCCGAGAGCCCAUUGUUGCUCAUCGGAGGAGCCGCACCAACCCUACUGAAGGGUAGAGGUGCUCUUCAGGACAUUGAUCAAAUGGUCCUCUUCCGUCCACUCUGUAAAUAUGUGGCCCGUGUCGAACGUCUCCGCGACAUUGUUCCAACUGUUCGCGAGGCUAUCAAGGCCGCCAAAUCCGGAUGCCCAGGACCAGUGUUCGUCGAGUUUCCAGUUGAUGUUCUCUAUCCGUAUGAGCUUGUUGUCAAGGAGAUUGGCUUCAAUCCAAAUGCCAAGGGAUUCAUCCAACGGGCGCUCAACUUCUAUCUCCGUUGCCACGUGUCUCGUCAAUUCGGAAACGCAUGGGCUCCACAGACGAUCACUCCACUCCCAACGAACAUUCCAAUGCCGAAAAGUGAAAAAAUCCAGGAAAUCGUUCAACUCGUCAAGUCGGCGAAACGCCCGGUUCUUCUCAUUGGAAGCCAGGCAACACUGCCUCCAGUUAAGCCGGCUGACCUCGUUAAAGCCGUCGAAGCUCUCGGCUGCCCAGUCUUCCUCGGUGGAAUGGCUCGUGGUCUUCUUGGCAAAGAUCAUCCACUUCAGAUGCGUCAAGUGAGAAGAGAUGCGCUUAAAGACGCGGACUUGACCAUUUUGGCUGGAACAGUUUGCGAUUUCCGUUUGAGCUAUGGCCGAACUCUGUCGAAGAAGUCGAAAAUUGUAGCACUCAAUAGAAAUUCCAGUCAGCUUACGAAAAACGAGAAGGCUUUCUGGAAUUCGGAUGUUUCUGUUCAAGCCGACGUGGCGACAUCACUGGUCCAAGUGGCCAAUGCUCUUGGAGCCAAUCACACUACUACGCCUACAGAAUGGGUGAAAUCGCUGAGAGAAAAGGACGAUGAGAAGGAGUCGGCGAAUGCAAAGAAAAUGGAGCAAAAGCUCACGAAUGGCUUCUUGAAUCCGCUGAAUUUCCUGAGAACUCUCGAUCAAUCACUUCCCGACGAUGCGAUCCUUGUGGCCGAUGGAGGUGACUUUGUCGGUUCGGCUGCCUACAUUGUUCGCCCACGAGGACCACUUCAAUGGCUCGAUCCUGGAGCAUUCGGAACACUUGGAGUCGGUGGAGGUUUUGCUCUUGGAGCCAAGACUGUCUAUCCGAAGCGUCCGGUGUACAUUAUUUGGGGAGACGGAUCCUGCGGAUAUUCGUUGAUGGAAUAUGACACUUUUGCUAGACACAAAUUGCCAGUUAUCGGAAUUGUUGGAAAUGACGCGUGCUGGACACAAAUCGCCAGAGAACAAGUGCCAAUGUUCCAGAGCUCUGUGGCUGUUGAUUUGGCUAGAACUCGCUACGACAACGUCGCCAAAUCACUCGGAUCCUGGGGAGAGACCAUCGAUGAAUCGAACGCCGAUUCGGCUCGAAAGAUCCUUGAUGAAGCUCUCGCUGUCUGCCGAUCAGGAGAACAAUCGGCUCUCGUUAAUGUGCUCAUUGGAAAGACUGAUUUCAGAGAGGGAUCAAUUUCUGUGUAGCUGUGCCGCCGAAUUUUUUCUCUUUUUUUUUGCGCUCAAUGAUCCUCGUUUAUGUCCCAAACUCAUCAUUCCUCCUUUGAAAUAUGUUUUUUUUUCCGAUUUUUCUCUCUUUCUUUUUGUUUUUCAUAUAUAAAUGUACGGUUUUCUAGUUUUUUUUACUCAAUAAAUCUGGUUGCGUUAGCAAUUCC